AUGGACAUCUCUUACCUUAGUUGCAGGGUGGUGGAGAACGAAGUCGUCAUCGCCUCGGGUUUUCAAAUGCAGUUCUUCCGCUCUCCUCCUCCUGGGACUCGCUACUGGCGGCGGCCGCUGCUGCCAUCUAUCUCCGUUCCCUAGGGUUCCUUCCUUCCAAAACCCUAACCGUCUUCCUCCGCCGCCGUCGACCUCACCUAUGACGGCAUGGAUCCCGUCGCCACUGCCGUUCGCCAUCCGCACCGCCAUCCGCACCCUAGACUUUUUGAUCGAUGCGAUGCACCACGAGACGAGCAGCCGGCGCCGAUCCCUCCGCUGCCACGGUAUGGCAUCCAGCGCCGCCUUCGCUGACGAGGGGCUCCCGUUGCCGGAAUCCCACAAAGAUACCUCCGGCGACGAGCUCCUCCACCGAUUCUCCGAGGUUGCGGGGAAAUUCCCCAAAACCAAACCCAAUCCAGCUCCUGAAUCCGGCGCCAAGCCCCUGGAAUCCGAUCCGUUCCAUUAUAACACCUUGAUGAAGGUCUUCAGCCGGGCCGGCAAUAUCAGUGAAGUCCUCAGGCUCUACCAUGAGAUGAAACAGUCCAGCGCUAAGCCUAACGUUAGGUGCUAUACUACAGUGAUCAAUGCCUUGGUGGCAGCGAAUCGGCCAGCAAAGGCAGAAGAGGUGUUUGGGGAAAUGAUUGAUUCAGGAGUGGAACCGGACGCUGCCGCUUAUACUAUUAUGGUAAAGCUCUAUUCUUGCUACCUCAAAAGGUUCAAUUCGGCCUAUGAAGUCAUCAGAUGGAUGGCAAGGCGCGGCUGUGAUCCGGAUGUCGUUACCUAUUCGACGCUGAUCACGGGGCUUAGCCGGGCCGGGAGGGUCACUGAGGCAUGGGGGGUGUUGGAUCAAAUGCUCGAGAGGAAAUGCACUCCGAAUGCUCAUUGCUAUUCUCCCAUCCUUCAGGCUUACUGCUCAGAAGGAAAGAUUGGUGCUGCCAAGAGAUUAAUAGAGUCAAUGCAGAAUAUUGGGUGCUCUGCAGACGCUGUGACUUACAAUAUACUGAUUGAUGGGCUUUGCAAGAUUGGAAAAUUUGAUGAGGUCGAGAGUCUUUUGAAAGAUAGUGUGUCAAAGGGCUGGAAACCCAAUGCUGUUACUUAUAACACUUAUAUGAAUGGGCUCUGCAAGGUAAGAAAGGCUGACAAAGCUUUCGAGCAGUUAGAUAUUAUGCUUGGGAAGGGAUUAUGCCCCACCACUGUGACUUUGAAUAUUCUUCUUGAUAGCUUCUGUCAAGAUUCUUCAAAGGUUUGGGAUGGUAAGUAUACAUUGGAAAGGAGCUCAGAAUUGGGAUUGGAGGUUGAUGUUGUCAGCUACAACAUUGUGAUGAGCAGGCUUUGUGAGAAUGAGAAAUGGUUAGGUGUUUUGAAGCUCUUCACUGAUAUGUUGAAGAAGGGAAUAAGACCUGAUACACAGACUUUUAAUAUUUUGAUUUAUAGCCUUUGCAAAGGUGGGAAGUUUCAGAAGGCAAUAUGUAUCUUUAGAAGCAAAGGGUUUGUUGCUGAUAUCGUGACAUGUAACAUAUUAAUUCAUGAGUUUUAUAUGGCGGAAAGAAUAAAUGAACUUUGCCUUCUGUUCUCAAACCUAGACGUGGAGAAGAAUGCCCCAGAUACAGUCACCUAUAAUACGUUAGUUGAUUGUCUUUGUAGGAAUGGGAAGUUUUUGGAGGCAGUUGAUUUCGUUAGAUCCCUUGAAGAUGGGUUCCCAUCAGAGCCAGUUGCACAUCUAACUUAUUGGUUGGUUAGGGGGGCAAAAAUUGGGGAAUUGCUAAGGGUGUUUGAAGAAAUGUCAAAACAAGGACUGGUUCUUGAUGUCCGGAUAUUCAAUUUUUUAAUCAAGGCUUUUUGCAGGAUUGGCUCUUGUCAAAAUGGAGAGAUAGCAAAAGUCUCUUUUAUUCUGGAAAAAAUGCUAGGAAUAGGAUGACACAUGGCUAGCAUUUGCAGCCUUUGUACUGAUCAUAAGUUUGCUUUGAAGAAGCAUGCUUAUGGCGGGUCGAUGCAGAUGCAAGAACACUAAUACCACUAAUAGUGUUGUGGUUGCCAUAUCGUAAAGAUUCGCUGCAGAUUAAGGUUUUGUUAAAUGAAGCCUGGGCUCAGAUGUCCUUAAGAGAUAUCUGAAGCAAUUUCCGUCGUUCGGUCAUUAUGAAGUCUUAAUAUUCUGCUUAUGCUACCUAUGAUGGGGCGCAUGGAAUGGGUUUCUUUCAGAGAUGAAAGACAGAUAUAGACACAGAGGUGCUUUUGGUUGGCCACUAGUGAAAUUAUAUUUCUGUGAGACUGGGGUCUGUAUGCCAUGGCACCUCAUGAGGACAUCUCUGCUCAAAGAUGACAUUAAAAACUCCCGUAUAUUUGAAGUAUGGCAUUCAGAUGGGCACAUGAAAAGCCACCAUGCUGGAGAGAAGAUUAAUCUGGAUUUUGGAAAACCAUACUGGAUUUGACACCUCUUCAGAUGUUGGCUUGUUACAGCAAUUAAGAAGGGUUUCUGCAACUUUCUUCUUAAGAGUCGAUGGGAGUUGAGAACUUUGGAAGAUCAUAGAUAAUUGAAUAUCUUAGGGGCAUCAGUACCAUAAUUUCGAUGCCUCAUGGACUUAAGUGGAAGCAGCGCUGGGAUACAUCAUUAGAGAUCGCUACUGCACUAUGUUAUAUGCUGGUCCUUUCAAAACUCAAAACAAUUUCAGUUCCUCAGGCAGAGCUUCAAGCUGCUUGGACAAACCUGUUUAUAGUCACCCAACAGCUAGGAUAUAGGAGUAUUUGGCUAGAAUUAGGCUCCCUCACGGUGAUCCAAUGGCUUGCACUGUAUCAACGGAUGUUGUCAAUGCAGUCUUUUACAGUCUCUCACAACCAUCCCCUCCUUUUGGACAUUGCUGGAUACGCAGCAUCUUUACAAUUUUUCAUGGCCUCCCAUGCAUCUGGAGAGGCGAACCAGCCUGCUGAUGGUUUAGCCAGGCUUUCUGAAACUGUGGUUUUUCAUUUGGCUUCCUCCUUACCAUUGCAAAAAAGAACUCUACUUAUGGCCGACAUGGCUCAACAACAACAAAAAAACCCCCUAAUUUUCAUAUGUUCCACAGCGUUUGUUCUUAAUGAAGCUCUUGCAUUGAUGGCAGCUUGGCACAUCAGCUAUUGGCUAUCAUUCUGUUUAGUAUUCCGUUAUUUUUUUCUUCUUGCGACUAAUCGCCAGUUAGUUGUAAUACUUUGCUUUAGUGAUUUUGUUGCUUAAUAUU